AUGCCAACCGACGACCUGAAAUCCCACGCGACGUCAGGCGCACACGACUUCUAUGCACUCCUCGACAUCUCCCCCGCAGCCAACGAGUCUGAGAUUCGACGCGCCUACCGGCGCACAGCCCUCAAGUACCACCCGGACAAGAUCACCAACCCUUCACAAGCCGACCUCGACAAGUUCCAUCUCCUGCAAAUCGCCAACGAUGUACUCUCUGAUCCCGCAGUGCGCGGGCUGUACGAUAAUGCGCGGGAAGCACGGCAGCGGAAACAGAAGGAGUUUGAGAUGAUGGAUGCGGCGAAAAGGAAAAUGAGAGAGGAUCUGGAGGCUAGGGAGCGGGCUGGCGCUGCAGAGGCCGCUGGUGGGCAGAGAGGGGUGAAGAGGACGUGGGGGGCUACGGUUGACGAGGAUGAGGCGGAAGAGAAGCUCGCGAGGGAGAUUGAGCGGAUUGCGGAAGAUGGGCGACGGAGACGACGAGAGGCAGAGGAGAAAUUGCGGAAGGAAGUGGAGGAGGAUGAGAAACGGAUACGCGAAGAAGAGGAAGAGAAGCAGCGGGCUCAAGACCGGAGCUCGAAGCGUGUUGAUCGGUCGCAUGAGGGCGGUACCAAUGUCCCCGAGCAAGAGCGCGCAGUGAAAGUGCGCUGGGUCAGGGAAGGCCGGGGAACGGAUCUAGACAAAGAUCGGCUCAUGGCGUUGUUUGCGCCGUUUGGGACGAUUGAGAGUGUCCUUGUUCUCAAAGACAGACGGCAGCGCAUCGGAGAUAAGAAGGAGAAGAAGACCGUUGCAUCGGGCGUGAUUGUCUUUGCGUCCAUUGUUAGCGCGCAUACCGCCGUGCUGGACAGCGAGAAAUUCAUGCAUGACAGUCUUUCGAAGACAGAAAACGACUGGAAUGUGAUCGAUUCUGUAUUCUGGGCCACUGGCGAACAGCCAGAUCUAGCAGGGCGGAACAGUGGUUCUGCAUCCCCGUCAAGCCAUGGAGACGGACAAGCCGGCCCCUCGCCGCAAGCACAGAGUACGCCAGAGCCGGCAGCAGCUCCCAAACCAACGUUCAGCUUCGCCGGGCUCAAAAAUGCAGGAACCGGGAUGAAACCGGGAAAGGCGCCUUCCUUUGGUUCUUUUGCAUCUGCGGCGUCGGGCGGUGCUAAAGCAGCUCCCGCUGCCGAGUCAACAAAUGGAGCUGCAAAGACGCCUAGCUUGGAAGAAAUCACGCUAAUGCGGUUGAAGAAUGCACAGCGUGAAAAGGAGAGGAGGGCUCUUGAGGAACAAUUAAGGAAGGAGGACGAGGAGGCGGAUGCGGCUGAAGCUGCUGGCAGGGGCUGA